UCGCUGGGGUGGCGUUGGGCCCGCGCGGGCGCUAGAGUGACUGCUGCUCUCAGCUCUCCGCCUCCGCCCCGCGCGGCCUCCCGUCGCUUUGCACAGGGCUGGAUGAUUGCACCGAGUAGGGUGGCUCCAGGAUGUUAGGAACUGUGAAGAUGGAAGGGCAUGAGAGCAGCGACUGGAACAGCUACUACGCGGACACACAGGAGGCGUAUUCCUCGGUCCCGGUCAGCAAUAUGAACUCGGGCUUGGGCUCCAUGAACUCCAUGAACACCUACAUGACUAUGAACACCAUGACUACCAGCGGCAACAUGACCCCGGCCUCAUUCAACAUGUCCUACGCUAAUCCUGGCCUGAGUGCCGGCCUGAGCCCGGGCACCGUGGCCGGCAUGCCUGGAGGCUCGGCGGGGGCCAUGAAUAGCAUGACGGCAGCGGGCGUAACGGCCAUGGGGGCGGCGCUGAGCCCAGGAGGCAUGGGAGCCAUGGGCGCACAGCCGACGGCCUCCAUGAACGGUCUGGGCCACUACGCGGCCGCCAUGAACCCAUGCAUGAGCCCUAUGGCGUACGCGCCGUCCAACCUGGGCCGCAACCGUGCUGGAGGCGGAGAUGCCAAGACCUUCAAGCGAAGCUACCCGCACGCCAAGCCGCCAUAUUCAUACAUCUCGCUCAUCACCAUGGCCAUCCAGCAGGCUCCCAGCAAGAUGCUGACGUUGAGUGAGAUCUACCAGUGGAUCAUGGACCUCUUCCCCUACUACCGGCAAAACCAGCAGCGCUGGCAGAACUCUAUCCGCCACUCGCUCUCCUUCAACGACUGCUUCGUCAAGGUGGCGCGCUCCCCGGACAAACCGGGGAAGGGCUCUUACUGGACGCUGCAUCCAGAUUCCGGCAACAUGUUUGAGAACGGCUGCUACUUGCGCCGCCAGAAGCGUUUCAAGUGCGAGAAGCAACCUGGGGCUGGUGGGGGCGGGAGCGGCGGCUCCAAGGGCGGCCCCGAGACCCGGAAGGACCCCUCGGGUGCUGCCAACCCUAGUGCCGACUCUCCCCUUCACCGCGGCGUGCACGGCAAGGCCGGCCAGCUAGAGGGCGCGCCCGCCCCGGGGCCUGCAGCCAGCCCCCAGACUCUGGACCACAGCGGGGCCGCGGCGACAGGGGGCGCCGCGGAGCUGAAGGCUCCGGCCUCAUCCGCCGCGCCCCCCAUUAGCUCAGGGCCCGGGGCGCUGGCAUCUGUGCCCCCCUCCCACCCAGCACACGGCCUGGCACCUCACGAGACCCAGCUGCAUCUGAAAGGGGACCCCCACUACUCCUUCAACCACCCUUUCUCCAUCAACAACCUCAUGUCCACCUCGGAGCAACAGCACAAGCUGGACUUCAAGGCAUAUGAGCAGGCGCUACAGUACUCGCCCUACGGCGCUGCAUUGCCCCCCAGCUUGCCGCUCAGCAGCGCCUCUGUGGCCACCAGGAGCCCCAUUGAGCCCUCAGCCCUGGAGCCGGCUUACUACCAAGGUGUGUAUUCCAGACCCGUCCUAAACACUUCCUAG